AUGUAAUAAUUGUUACAAGUUGAGAAACAUGAAGAAUUCAUAAAAAUGAUCCUAUACAAAUAGAGACUCCCAAUUAAGAUGGAAUCUUUAAAGAGGUUAUUUUUAUAUUGUUGUGUCAAAAUUAUUGAAAACUGA